AUGGCGACAGCAAGCAAAGUCCAGCUUGGUACGGACGUUGGCGACUGGCCUGAAUACUACCGCACCGGGAUCACCAAGGAACAGACCGAGUGCGCCUCAGAACUACUGCAGAAGAAUCACAAGGACUGGCAUAUUUUCUUUCAGGAUGGGGGCCUCCACAACCACAUCGCCCAUCAUGUGCUAGCGAUAUGGGCGUUGAAUGCGUCGACUGAGCAGAUCCAGAAGAACUACGAGACAAACGAAAGCUAUCAGCGUUCUCAACCGCCCGUGAACCAGGAAGUCCUCGAGGAGCUCCAAGACCCAGCCGGCUUCCUGAAGAACCUCAACCCACGAGACAACUACCACACUUUCCUCCGCUUCUUCCAGGACGAGAUCGACAAGGGCAGCUGGCAAGAGGUCCUACAGAAGUAUGUCUUUGCAGGUGACGACCGUGCUGAGGCCAUGUUCGUGAGGCUGUUUGCUGGUUUUCUUCAUCCGUUCAUUCAUCUAGGGUAUGGAGUCGAGUUCCGCCAGCCUGCUAUCGUGGCCGAGGCGCUCGCCCAAGCAUCGUGCCACGAUGACCAGAUCGGGAAGCUCUUACUUCCGGCUGAAAAGGCUGCCAGAGAAAGUCGAGGAGGUCCAUCGAAAAGCAUCGUUGAACUACUCGAUACCAUUCAUGGCGACAAGGACAUGCAGGCCGCGGCUCAUUGGGACGACGGCAACAAGAUCUACGACGGCAUCAUUCCUAGGGCAGGCGAGCGCAUGACCGAGCUGGCAGCACAGUUUCACGUUAAGCCAGAUGAGCUCAACGAAAAGACUGCGGAAAUGACGAAUGCUGUCUGCUACUACACAGCAGGCGCGCAGCAUCCGCCAAACAUGGUGAUGUUUGACUUUUACUACAUGCACUGCGUCAACUCUUCCAUCUUCUUCCCGGCCUUCCUCAAACAGGCUUGGCUCAGCGACCAGAACAAAGCCCGUCUGCUAGAGUGGAAGACUAGGCUCGACCUCGCGAUGUACGCCUCCCGCAAAUGCCCAGACAUCCGCCUGGAUGAGAUCCGCGAAUACAAGCCCAGACACCAAUCCGGCUGGGACGGCAUCCAGGACCGAGUCUGCGACUUCAAUGACGAUGGGCACUCAGCCAAGCUUAUCAGAGCGCUUGCCCACGGCCAGAGCAUCUGCAAGCCAUAUGAGCACAAGGAUGAGUUCAGGAUCAAGCAUGAUGAUUGGCUGCUGAUGGGCCACAUGGCGAUUGACAGCGUGGAGAAUACUAAGACCAAAGGAGUAUCGACAUGGGUAAGGUCGGCCGGGUUCGACGAGGCAUGGAAGGACAUUCCCUUGAGGGCGCAGCUGUGA